AUGCUCUCUCAAAGCUACUCAAUCAUACGCACAGACCGCCCAAACUCAAAACAAGGUGGUGGUACUGCUAUUAUGAUCAGAAGAAAUAUUGGUCACCAAACUGUCAGAUAUCAUAUUUCAAUAAAUAACGAAUUAUUAGAAUUCACAAUAAUCCAACUCUCGCUUGUACCACCGGCGACCAAUAAAAUUUUACUUUUCAGUUGCUAUGCAACUAACUCUAACCGAAAAAUUUUUAUUCAUGAGCUGAACGAAUUACUCCAAAAAUUAAAUGCUAAUAAACCUAAUCAUUAUUAUGUUUUAGCGGGUAACUUUAACGCUCGUCGGACCGAUUGGGGUGACAGAGUGGACAACGAGAGAGGAAAAUAUCUCAGAAAAUGGGAACAUGAAAGUGCCAGCAAAUUUAAUGCCAAAAUCUACACUACUGAUCUCCCUUCUUUCACUCCUGGAGAAACUUACCUGGAUGUGUGCAUCACCAACCUUACUUUAACUAAUCUACAAGCAAACAAUAAAAUUAGAACUACAGCAUAUGACAGUGACCACAAAGCGCUACUAUUCUUAAUUAUUCUGCCGUGUAAUAACCUUCAAGACAGCAUUCCUGAAGUCCAGAGGCGUAAUCUAAAGGCGAUCAAAUGGAAAAAAUUUGAAAAAAUUGCUGACACUGAAUUCAUUUUAGAUCUCCCAGUUGAUAGAAAUAUGUCUAUAGAUGAAGUAAAUAGUAGCAUCGUUGAGGUGACCAAAUCUUUACUUAAAGCAAUGAAUAAAACUGCUCCAAAAUUUAAAAAAGAAGACAGUAUUCUCAAGUACCUCAACUCUAGAAUCAAACAGCUUCAAAAAAAUAAAAACAAGGCUAUUAAUCUUCUACACAAAGCUUACAAAACCAACAGACUCGAUAAAAAAGAACUUAUCGAGAACUUAAAAUCUAACAUCAAUAUAAUUAAGUCUGAGCUCAGAAAAGAAAUGAACAAGUCUGUGGAAAGCUACUGGAACGGUCAACUUAGACAAAUCAACCACAAGGAUCCUACUGCAUUUUUUCCUAAAAUCAACAGGUUCCUUAGAAAAAAAAAGCUUACACCAAUAGCUGCCCAACGGGUAAAAGUUACAGAUACUGUCUGUCAGAAUGGAGCGAUUGACAUCAACUCUGCACAACUGGUUGGAGAAGAGCUUUUAAUAACUGAGCCAAUUGACAAAUUAAGCGUCAUCGGUGAAUUUUACCAGUCCAUUAAUGCCCCCCGAUACCUUGCGGAAGGCGCAAAACUAAAAAUCAUCGUUGACAGAGAAGCCGAAAUAGUCAAAGACUCUCUCAUCUCCAGACAUGCCGACGGCUCAACUCUUACUAAUUUCUCUAGUGUUAAUUGUGCCAUGAGCCCUUCGACAGAGACUGAAGAAGAAUGGCCCUUCACUAACUUAAACCAGUUGACUAGCAUCCUCAAGAAACUGCCAAAUAAAACUUCAAGUGGCCCUGAUGAGAUCCCUUCGAUCAUUCUGAAACAUCUACCCGCUAAAAUCAUCCGAGCACUGAUAAUAAUAUUUAAUAAUGCAAUUAACCUGACUUACUUUCCAGCUGCCUGGAAAGACGCCAAAGUCCUGCCUGUAUUGAAGAAGGACAAAGACCCAAGUAAAGCCACUAGCUACCGACCUAUAAGUUUAACUUCAAACCUUGGUAAAGUUUUCGAAAUGGUCUUAAACAACCAUAUCGUCAGAGUUUGCAACAAUAAAAAAAUCAUGCACGAUCUCCAAUUUGGUUUUCGCGCCAUGCAUAGUACCACUCAUGCCGUACAUAAAAUCUUAGACACUCUGUCAAAAUACCUUUCUAAGAACCUCAGGGUUGGAGUGGCCUUGAUUGACUUAGAAAAGGCUUUCGACUCUGUUUGGCUCAAUGGUCUAAUUUUCAAGCUAAUAAAACUAGGAUUCCCGCAAUGGCUAGUACUAACUAUCACUGACAUGAUUUUAGGCAGAUCGUUUCGCACCUGGGACGGAGUCAAUUUGUCUAAAAAAAAAUACGAGAUUCUUGAAGGACUGCAACAGGGUACGGUUAAUUCACCGCUACUUUUCAACAUCUUCAUCAUGGCUCUACUUAAAUCGUUCGGACUUGACACUGAUGAUAAUUUGUUUGCAAUCGCAUAUGCCGAUGAUCUGAUAAUUGGAGUGGCUGAGAAACAACCUUCGACUCUUAAAAAUCGCUUAGAAUACCUAGUCAAUAUAAUAAAUCGUUUUUACCGUGUCUGGAAUCUUAGAAUGAAUCCAGAUAAGUGUGAAACGAUAGUCUUUAGGAGGGAAUCAAACCACCUUAGUAAAAAAGCCUUGACUGAGCUGAAAGAGUUCAAAAUCACCACUCUAUCGCCUAACAACAACGAAGAGGUUGAUAUUCCUCAUAAAAGCGUGGUUAAAUAUCUUGGUAUUCACAUUGAUCAUCUACUCAGACUUCGGUUCCAUCCGGAUAUUCAGUUAGCAAAAGCCAAAUCUGCAUUCAAAGCCAAUGGUCGGAUUUUUUACAAUAAAAAUCUCAGCCGAAAAACAAAGAUAAUUUGCUACUUACUUCUGAUCAGACCUAUCUUGACUUACGCUGCUCCAGUGUGGUGGAACACAAGCGCAGCUGUAAUGGAGAACUACCGUGUCUUUAAGAGAAAAUGUCUUCGUGCAUGUAUUGGUGCCUAUAGAACCGCUGAAUCUGGCUACAAAAAAUUUAUCAGUAAUGCCACAAUAUACGACAUUGCUGAUAUACCGAGGAUAGAUAAUCACAUCAUUAAAUUAGUGAGAGAUUAUUUCAGCAAAAUUUUGCUGAUAGAUAACGAGUCCGUCAAGAAAUUAGCAGUCUUCACUGACGAAGAUUUCUUGGAAAGAAAUCAAACUGGCUUGCUACCAUCUCAAGCCUUUUUAACGCUUGACAAAAACGGCCUCAUCCAAGAUGAAGACAACGUGCCGCUUAUCUUUCACUACAAACGUCACAAAGCGAAUAAGAAAAUAACCUUUGGGCCUGAUGACCGCAAAAUUAAGUGGUGGGACUUCGGUUACUCAGUUGCACUCCCAACGAGAGACAAAAUGGAUUCACAUAGACUCUGUGAUAUAUACUGGUGGCUCACCGAAAAAUCUAAGCAUCGCAAGGAACUUAGAAGACGUCUGCGUAUUUAUUUAACCCAGUAG